AUGGUGGGGCCUCCCCCCUCACGCUCCCUCCACCCCCCACAGGUGCGGUUCGCGGUGGUGGGGCCCGGGCAGGACCAUGAGGAGCAGCGCGGGGGGGCCCCGUUGGCGGCCCCGGUUCCCAACAGCUCCCGGGCGGCGGCGGCGGAGGCGCGGGGGGGGCCGGAGCCGUUCGAUGCCCCCCGCGCGGCCGCGGCCCUGCUCGGGAGCUCGUUCGCUGCGCGCUGCGCCGUGGGGGGGGCGGCGGCCGCAGCCAUGAACGUGCCCCCCGCGCAGCGCCUCUACCGCGGCCUCGUCAGCCUCGCCGUGCCCCCCCCGAUGGGGCCCAGGAGGGGGGCGCUGCCCCACAGCGCGCCCCACAAGGUUCCCGGCCCUGCCAUUGGCGCCCCUCCAGGGGGGGAGGGGGAGCCCUGGCUGCCCCCCUCCGCCCCCCUCGCUCCCCUCCGGCCCCUCCCCCGCCCCUCCGACGCCGCCUUCGUCAUGUACCGGAAGCUGCAGCAGUGGGGGGGCGGCUGAGGGGGAGUCACCCCCUUCUCCACCCC